UUGACUCGCGCCAAGCAACCAAUGGAAUUUCGUGUUACAAGACAAGUAAAGAGAACGUUUUCAUUGCUAUGUUCGAUAAAAAAUAACAAAGUUACCGUUUCGAAAAGUAUCUUUGAGAUGACCGAGAAACCAACCGAAAAUAACCACGAGAAAGUUUUGCAGGAGUUGGAUGCUUUUAUAACAGAAACGAAGAUCCUUGUUGAAAAAGUUAUGAAUAUGCGCAUUCAAUGUAUGGAAGCACAAAUGAUAUUGCUCAGAUUAUUUGAUCCCAAGUGCAUUAAGAUUUUGGAAAUUUCAAAUGAAAUGUCUUUGAGAUCAACAAAGCAAGUUGAAAGAAACAAACGAAUGAAAAUUAAACGGUUGAAUAUCACUAAAAUUGAUGAAGUUCGUUUUCAACCAGAAUUAGAAACUACAGACUUAAAUUUGGAAAAUAAUAAGCGGAUGAUGGGUUAAUAAGUCAUUGAACUAUUUUUGAGAUUUGUAA